UUCUUUCUACUCAACUACAAACUUAGUACUGUGUUUUUACACUACUUUCCUACUAAUUUAUCCUCUCUUCCUUUCCACUACUAGCUCAACUCUAUUCACUUCUCACCAUACUAUAUAUACAGCCUUAGUUUCGUCUAAUUAAUUUAUCCUCUCACAUUUCACAUUAAUCUCACGUAUACAUAAAAUGUCGAGCCGAAGAUCAAGAUCUGGAUCUUCAAGGAUCACAGAAGAUCAAAUCAACGAUCUCGUCUCCAGGCUUCAGCAACUUCUUCCCGAGAUGCACAAUAGACGCUCUGACAAGAAGUCGGCGACCAAAGUGUUGCAGGAGACAUGCAACUACAUUAGAAGCUUGCACAGAGAAGUUGAUGAGUUGAGUGAGAGGUUGUCCGAAUUGCUUGAAAACGCAGACACAACUCAAGCUGAUCUUAUUAGAAGCUUACUAAUGCACUAGCUAGUUUUAAUAUUCCAUAUUUUUUCGACUUUGAAUUUUAAUUGCUAUUUUCUCCGCCAAUCAUCUCCUGUAAUUUGUUUCUAGAGUUGUUUCAUGCUACGUAGACGAGGAUUUAAUGUAAUAAAAUUAAA